AUGCCCAGUUUGGAUAAUUAUGAAAACCACAAGAGAUCAGAAUUAGUUUCAUUUGAUGAUAUCGACUAUACCGAUUUUGCAUUAGUGGAUAAAGCCAGAAGGGCCAUGUUGAGAGAACAUUAUAUCAGAACACACGCAUUACGUUAUACUCAUGAUGCAUUGGUUAAAUGUAAAGAUUAUCAUCAAGAUGAUGCUCAUAGAAACUGUCGUUCAUUAGUUAUGAAAUAUAUGAAGAUGCUCGACACCCAUCAAAAUAAAGGUUAUUUGUUUUAUCAAAGAAAUGAUCCUUCCAAGUAA